AUGAGUAGACAAAUUGAGCAGGCAUUGCUAUCAAUGAUGCCGACAUAUGGCUCAGAUCUGCCACCCUCCCUUGUGGAACUGGCAGGGUCCUUGCUUGCCCAAUCUCGACACCGGGCAAGCACAUUGAAGGCAGAGGAAGAGAUAGCUCGACAUCUGAAGAUCACUCUUGACUUGCCACCUAUUGAACCUCGUCCCCCAAUUCCCCCGCGUAUCUACAAACGGCUGUAUACCCAUUUGGACAAUAUCUUGCCCAAUCCUACAGCUACACCAAGGUCAACCCGAAAUAGAGCUCCAAGCUCCAAGAAACGCGACAAGGACACACCCUCAAAGUCGGAGACCCGCCGGAUACCAUCAAGAGGAACUCCAACAAAGGAGGCAGCCCUGGCUCCGUUCCGUACGACACCAAAAAAUGGCGGUACCUCUGCCAAAGGACACAUCCUCGACUCGCAAAACUCGAAUGGCCAUCUACACCCCUGGAUUCAACCAGUCAUUCGAUUCAUGUGUGCCGAGUCGGAUCACAAACGGCUUGCACCAACGGUUUUCGCUGGUAUGGAGCAUAUCCUCACACAAGAGGGCCGCCCAACCCAAGACCAGUGGGUUAUUCAUCACGUAACCGACCUAUUAGCAGCCGUGUACUUUUUCGUCAUUAUGCGUGUUCGAUCAAUCACGUCUGGUGCCAAGAUUGACCGCGAGGGAUAUGUACCGCUUCGAAAAGAGAUUCUUGCUCUUGUGGCCAAGGCCAAUCAAGAAGUUGCCGUACCUGAUGUGGAUGAAUCCGACGCCUGGGAAGGCUGGAGUGACCUCAAGUCUCGAGACUUUGAUGCCGCUGUGGCCAAGGUCAAUGAGAAUGAUUGGUUGGCUGGCGAUUGGUAUGAUGGGAUUGUUGACGUGAUUAGCUCUACCGUAAGGACAGAUGCAGACCUGUCAGAUGAUGAUGUCGAGAACUCAGAGGCUCUCCUGCCUACCCGGCGUGCGGAUACAAUGCUCCAAGAACGAUAUGACUUGUUGAGCGAGGCUAGAAAAUCAGACUUUAUUGUGUGGCGUGACAUCAUGCUCGACAGGAUUGCACAGGCAACGCCCGUACAAGUCGUCAUGGAGGCUGACAUUUGA